AUGUUGUCUUUCACCCCACUUCAAUCCAAGCCAACCCCAACUUCCAAUUCAAAUCGUUUCUCUAAUCUCACCAACCCCACUAGCAGUACCAGCCGCCGCCGACAUUUCUCUGUCUCUUCUCCGUCACAAGUCAGUCACCACCAUGGAUGCCGUCGUCUGAGUAUCAAAGCUAUUGAUGCUGCACAGCCUUAUGAUUAUGAAGCAUUGGUGUCAAAUCAAUAUGCUCAGUCAGGUAGGCUAAAAAUUGCUAUAGUGGGGUUUGGUAAUUUUGGUCAGUUUCUUGCAAAAUCCUUUGUUAGUAAAGGUCAUUUUGUGUUGGCUCAUUCAAGAACAGAUUAUUCCCAAAUUGCUAAUUCUUUAGGGGUUUCUUUUUUUCAAGAUCCACAUGAUCUUUGUGAGCAACACCCUGAUGUUAUUGUACUUUGUACUUCGAUUAUUUCAACUGAGACUGUUCUUAGGUCAUUACCAAUUCAAAGGCUGAAGAGGAACACAUUGUUUGUUGAUGUUUUAUCAGUCAAAGAAUUUCCAAAAAAUAUUUUUCUUCAAGUUUUGCCAACCCAUUUUGAUAUUCUUUGUACUCACCCCAUGUUUGGACCUGAAAGUGGUAAGGAUAGUUGGAAAGAUUUGAUCUUUAUGUUUGACAAAGUUCGAAUUGGUGAAGGGAGAUCAAGAACAGCAAGGGUUGACAAGUUUCUUGAUAUAUUUGAGAAAGAAGGGUGUAGGAUGGUGCCAAUGACAUGUGCUGAGCAUGAUAAGCAUGCUGCAGGUUCACAGUUCAUUACACAUACAAUGGGGAGGGUGUUGGAGAAGUUGGGUUUGGAGUCAACUCCUAUUAAUACUAAAGGGUAUGAGACUUUGUUGAAUCUGGUGGAUAAUACUGCUAGUGAUAGCUUUGACUUGUAUUAUGGGCUGUUUAUGUACAAUAAAAAUGCUAUGGAGGAGUUGGAAAGACUUGACUUGGCUUUUGAGGCUUUGAAGAAGGAGUUAUUCGGGCAUUUACAUGAUUUGUUGAGGAAGCAAUUGUUUGGGAAGGCGGAGGAAGCAGGACAGAGGCGUGUCUUAUCCAAGUUGCCCAGGAAUGGCUAUGCGCUGCCAGCCCCUUCAUCGGAUGCUGUUAAACCUGAGAACAACUGA